CUAUCUUUUACAAAUUCUUUCAUUCUUGCUUUGGAAUUUCAGUUUUCAUUGAAAGUUCUCUGAGCUGACAAAGAGAGAUUUAAGAAAAAAUGCCGGUGCCUCCGUGGCUUUCAUGUAUAGUUACUUCUUGCAUAAAGCCUUUUAAGCCUCAUGCCAUCGUGAGCAGUGAUGAUGAUGAUGAUGAUGAGCUUCUAUGGUGUAAAGAUAUUCGGAGACAUUCUCGUGGUGAAUUUUCCUUUGCUGCAUGUCAGGCCAAUCAGGAAAUUGAAGAUCAUAGCCAAGUUGAGAUUGGCUCUAAUGCGUUAUUUGUUGGGGUUUAUGAUGGUCACGGUGGUGAUGAUUGUUCCCGUUUUAUUAAAGCUCGUCUCUUCAACAAUUUAAUGAACGUUGCUAGGAAUCAGGGAACUAUAGACGAAGAAACUUUGAGGGAAGCUUUUGCUAUGACAGAGGAUGGUUUUAUGUUACUUGUUCAGAGGGGUUAUGAGUUACAGAACAAUUUGGCAACUGUAGGUUCCUGUUGUCUGGUUGGUGUUAUCUGGGAAGGAGUCCUAUAUAUCUCCAAUCUUGGAGACUCUCGUGCCAUUGUUGGAACUUUAAGUACAUGUAGAAGCAUCACUACUCAACAGUUGACAACAGAACAUAAUUGCAUCAGGGAGGAAAUUAGACAAGAACUUAGGGCUAAGCAUCCCAAUGAUCCAGAUAUUGUAGUCUUAGAACGUGGAGCAUGGCGUGUUAAAGGCAUCAUCCAGGUAUCCAGAACCAUAGGAGAUGCGUAUCUGAAGAAUCCAACUUAUAUGAAGCCACCUCUCACUGUACCUGUGCUGUCUGCAGAACCAACUCUAAAUACACGAGUUUUGACAUCCGAUGACAAAUUUCUUAUAUUUGCAUCGGAUGGACUUUGGGAACACUUGACAAAUCAGCAAGCAGCUGAGAUUGUUCACUUGAAUCCUCGAAGAGGGAUUGCAAGAAGACUUAUUAAGGCUGCUGUACAGUCGGCAGCUAAAAGAGCGAAUAUGGAAUAUAGAGCGCUUCGGAACUUGCAGAGAGGGAGCAGACGGGUUUAUCAUGAUGACAUUACUGUGGUUGUUGUCUUCCUCGACGGUCCCUCACGUUUCACUGUGCAACAGUUGUCCCUAAGAGCGUUCGAAGACGAAGCUGGAGUAUCAGAAUUUCAAAGUCUACACGGUUUGACGUGAUACAAGGAUUAUUCUUUCUACAACCGUAACAAAUAAAGUUGAUUCUGGUUCAAAACAAAAACAAGAAUCAAUAACAAUACACUUAGACACAGUUUUGCAGCAUACUGUUGUUGUCAUAUCAAGGUUCUUCUACUCUUAGCCUCACUUUAAAAGUGUACUUUCUGUUUCUGAAACUCAUUUGCUGGUCAUAACUAAA